AUGACUACUCCCGUAUUUUCGCCUGAAGUACUUCCAUACCCGAUUACCAUUGACCAACUUAUAGCGCCCAUCGGCAGUCACGUCGAGAAGGGACAGCGGUUGUUCGCGUUUAAGUUUUGGUAUAUGGUAGAGAUAGCCUCUUCUCCCGAUGAGAACGAAGGCGGUCAUAGGAAGAAGACUGUACGGGAAUCGAUCGAAUUUUUCGAGGCUCCAUUUGAAGGUGAUUUGAUGAGUUGGAAUGUUGAUGUGGGAGAUGAGGUGGUAGCACCUAACCAAGCGAUUUGCGAGAUUUCAAGGCCGUGUAAUCACGAUAUUGUGUAUGGUGGUCUUUGUACUUUGUGCGGAAAGGAAGUCGAUGAAAGCGAACAGUUCAAUGGAAAUUUGGCAAUCUCGCAUACCGAUGUAAAUUUGAAAGUAAGCCGUAAGGAAGCUACUGAUAUUGAAAAUAAUUUGAAGACAAGGUUGCGCGAGAGUAAAAAGUUGGUUCUGGUGGUUGACCUUGAUCAGACUGUGAUACACUGUGGGGUGGACCCUACCAUCGGUGAAUGGAAACGUGAUUCUUCUAAUCCCAAUUAUGAAGCAUUGAAAGACGUACAGUCAUUUGCAUUAGAUGAAGAACCAAUACUACCCCUGUUGUAUAUGGGCCCAAAGCCUCCGGUACGGAAAUGCUGGUACUAUGUGAAAGUAAGGCCAGGGCUGAAAGAGUUUUUCGAUAAAGUUGCUCCUCUGUUUGAAAUGCAUAUCUACACAAUGGCUACGAGGGCGUAUGCCCUUGAGAUAGCAAAAAUUAUUGACCCAGAUGGAUCACUGUUUGGAGAUCGUAUUCUUUCUCGUGACGAAAACGGCUCUAUCACGCAAAAAUCGUUGGAGCGCCUGUUUCCCACAGAUCAAUCCAUGGUGGUUGUUAUCGAUGAUAGAGGAGAUGUUUGGAAUUGGUGCCCUAACUUAAUUAAAGUGGUGCCUUACAACUUUUUUGUUGGUGUCGGGGACAUCAAUUCGAAUUUUCUGCCAAGGCAGCAAAACACGAUGUUACAACUGGGAAGAGGUGCACGGAAAAAGACUCAGGAAUCUGAUGAACUUAUAACUGAUAUUAUGGAUACGGAAAAAAAACUACAGGAAAAGAUCGAUGAAGAGGUAAAACGCCAGGAGGAAAAGUUAAACCACCAGAUGGCUUCAGGUGAAGAAGUCCCUGCUCCCGAGUCUAAGGAUCAGCUGGCGAAAAAAUUGGAAUACUCGGCUUCCUUAGAAGUGCAGCAACAAAACAGGCCCCUAGCAACUUUACAAAAACAUAUGCAUAAUCAAAGACUCUUGGUUGAUGACGAUGAUGAACUAAAUUAUCUGCGAGAAAUUUUGGCAAAGGUUCAUGAUGAAUACUACAAGACGCUCGGGCAGGAUUCUGAAAAAAAGGCUGACAUAAAGACUUUGCUGCCUCUAAUGAAGAGUAAGGUUUUUGAGGAUUGUCAUUUUGUAUUCUCAGGGCUCAUACCUCUCGGUACCAAUAUAAAUAGAGCCGAUAUUGUACUUUGGACCAACAUGUUCGGCGCCCAAAGCUCUCCAGAAAUUGAUGAUUCAACAACUCACGUCAUUACCAGAACACCUGGAACAUAUAAGGCCCGUAUUGCGAAGGCAUUCAACGAAAAUAUCAAGGUUGUGCAUCCUGAUUGGGUUUUUGAGUGUCUUGUCUCAUGGAAGCAUGUUGACGAAAAGCCAUACGAGCUUAUCGUCGAGCAGACAGCUACCGAUGAAGAGCUGGGAGACUACAAACAAAAACUUGCGAGAAGAAGUUCGGCAUUAGCUGAGCAGGAAAUGGAAUUGGCUAUGGAGUCUGCAAAGAAUGGGACCAUCAAUCUGUUCGCAGGUGGAACUUCGUGGCUUAACGACGACGAUGAUGACGAGAUGCCGGAUGGAUUAGAUGAUAGUGAUGAUGAGGAUGAUGAUGACGAGCAGGAAGAAGAGAAAACAGAGGAUCAAAACCAGGUGGUUGACGGGCACACUUCGCAACCAAAGCGAUCGCUUGAGAACGACCAUGACUCUCUCGGUGACUCCAGCCCGUACAAGAAGUCUCAUGUGGAUGAAUUGAAGCAAGACAAUGACAGUGACUCAGAAAUCGAGGAGGAAUUGCUCAACGCUCUUGAUGAGUGA